AAAGAUUUUGAGACUUUAAAGAAUGAAACUUUAGAUCUAAAAAUGAAAUAUGGUAAAAUGUUACUGGAAAACAACGCUUUUAAAUAUCAACUGAAUCAGAUGAACGAACAAAUAAGGAAGAUAGACGAUUUAAGCACACGCCUUGAUAUUGUUGAAGGCAGUAUGCAGCAUUUGUUCCUUUCAGUAUAUACAUCGCUUGGGAAUAUUCUGAAUGCUUCACGUAUACCACAGACGACUGGAUCUUCUGAUUUUAUUUCAGACAGUGGUGUUACACCCUCCUCAGCAACAGAAACAACGAUAACAACACCAGCAACUACUCAAGUACCAACAACAAAAGUUACUGAACCCAACCUUAACCCAACAUCAACACCAGCAGCUACUCAAGUACCAACAACAAAAGGUACUGAAUCCAACCUUAACCCAACAACAACACCAGCAGCUACUCAAGUACCAAUAUCAAAAGGUACUGAAUCCAACAUUGACCCUAACCCAACAACGAUAACAACCCCAGAAACUACUGCAUUACCAGCAUCAAAAGGUAGUAGAGCCAGAGAAUUCCUUAUCCUGUUCAUGCAAAAUUUCGAUCGUUCAAAGGGAUCGUUAACUGUUUAUGUAGCAUCUGGCAGCGAAGUAAUGGUGAAUAUAUCAAGUUCCCCUAAAUUAGACGCAACCAUUAAAUCGGCAGUUGACAAGAGAUUGAAUAUUACCCAUGAUUUAAAAUUCACUCUUCCCGCCAAUUUGACUUGCAAAUAUGGGGAAGUGGAACCCAAGGCUGUGCUUUUACAGACAUCUGAACCAGCCACGGUGACUAUUUUUGAUCGUUUUCAUUUGUAUUCCAACGAUGCAACUUUAAUUAUCCCAACAUACAAACUUUCAAACAAGUAUUUAGUAUCCUCAACGCAACCACGCACUUCCGUAUCUCACCAUGAUAGUCACUUUGCAGUAGGGGCCCUCUUCGACGGAACCAACAUAAACAUUACCUUUAAAAUGAAGAACAAGUCUCUUUUUCUACUUGAUGGGACAUACAGAGACAAGGAUGUUUUCACAGUAACUUUGGAGAGAUUAGAAACAUUUCAAGUCGGACAUUUCACAGACCUCUCUGGUACAGUUAUCACAUCCUCAAAACCCGUAGCAGUGUUUUCUGGAAAUCAAUGUAAUAGCUUGAGAACUGGCUGCAGUCACAUGUUAACUCAGUUACCACCGGUAUCCGAAUUAGAUAAUCAGUAUAUCGUUCCUCCGUUCUACAACAAUAAAGGAACUUUGAUUCAAAUGGUUAGCGGAAGUCAGAACUCUGUGAACUGCCGUGUCGGAGAUCGUGUGUCAACAUGGCUCCUUGGCGAUACAGAAUACAAAAACGUAGAAAUAACAUCACGUGAAAUAGCGGUGAUAGUUUCAGAUCGCCCUGUGUUAGUAACCGGUUUUGGAAUGGGUGGGAGUUACCACCCCUACAUGACCGUCAUACCAGGUGUACAUCAAUACCUCAAUUACUACAAAGUGGCGGUGCCUGAUGGAUAUGACGAAAAUUUUCUCUGUGUGAUGAUUUCAUCAAAAUCUGUAAACUCCCUGAGGAUAAAUGGCUACACCGUUGACAAUUAUGAAAUAGCAUAUCAAGUUUAUGUAUUUCUAGAGAAAAAGUUCCUAGUGUCUACUUUCAGAGUGGAGAAUGGACGUUUUGAAUUACAAACGUCAGACAAAUCACAUUUUGGGCUUCUUGUCUACGGCCAUCGGCGUUCUGACGGGUACGGGUUUGCUGGAAACUUUGUUCUCGUCUAAUUAAACAUUGUAAAGGAACAUAACCAGGAUUUUUCACGGAAUACAUGGGUGAUAAAGUUUUGAAACUAUUCGUGUAAAGUCAGGCAGACAGUAUAAAUAUAAUCUAUAUCAUUGUAAAUAACAUUUCUGCUGCACGUUUAAAUAAUGUCAUUG